GACCCCCGCCACCACCCCUGGCCCUGCCAGCCGCCCUCCCUGGGCUGUGGACCCCUCAUUCGCGGAGCGCUAUGCCCCGGACAAGACGAGCACGGUGGUGAGCAAGCACAGCCAGCCAGCCACACCGACCCCCAUGCAGAACCGCAGCUCCAUUGUGCAGGCAGCACAGCAAGCCCCCGAGGGGCCCGGCCGCACACCGCUCUGCUACAAGUGCAACAAGCUCAUCAGGGGUCGCUACCUGGUGGCACUGGGACAUUAUUACCACCCUGAGGAGUUCACCUGCUGCCAGUGCAGGAAGGUGCUGGAUGAGGGUGGCUUCUUCGAGGAGAAAGGCUCCAUCUUCUGCCCCAAGUGCUACGACACGCGUUAUGCACCCAGCUGUGCCAAGUGCAAGAAGAAGAUCACAGGGGAAGUCAUGCAUGCACUGAAGAUGACCUGGCACGUGCAGUGCUUCACGUGCACUGCCUGCAAAACUCCCAUCCGCAACCGUGCCUUCUACAUGGAGGAGGGACAGCCCUACUGCGAGAGAGACUAUGAGAAGAUGUUUGGCACCAAGUGCCGUGGCUGCGACUUCAAGAUCGAUGCUGGGGACCGGUUCCUGGAGGCGUUGGGGUUCAGCUGGCAUGACACUUGCUUCGUCUGUGCGAUCUGCCAGACCAACCUGGAAGGGAAGACAUUCUACUCCAAGAAGGACAAGCCGCUCUGCAAGAGCCAUGCUUUCUCCCACGUGUGAGGGGUGGGAGUUCAGCUGCGCCCAUGUGUGUCCCUGGCCCUGCAUGCUCCUCUCCCCCCCACCCCUGCUGCCCCCAGGGAGCUGGGCUGGGCCCUCACCUUUUCCCCUUGCUCCUGCCUCUUUCCUGGCAGCUCCU